CCUGCGCGCCAAGCCGUGGGCUCUGCCCCGGGCGCCCCACGUGCAGGGCAGGACGCGCUGGGCCCGCCUUGCGGACGGACCCCUGAGGCCCACAGGGAAGGAAUACUGCGGUCCAGGCCAAGCGGGACUCGGGUGGCCUCCCCGGUGCCCGGAAGGAGGCUCCGCCGGCGGUUCGGUCGGUCCGAUGGGCGGGCCGGGGAGCCCUGGGCUCCGGGCCCGUGUGUCCCGUGGUGGGCGAGGGGCGCCUCCCCGGGAUUUGGCGAAUGACCUGCGAUGAGGAGCGCCCUGACGACGGCGGGAUGACGGCUGGGAGUCCUGGAGACUGCACCGAGGUGCGGAGGAGCCCCGAAGGCCGCGUCUCUCGCCUGGGCCGCCGCCUCGGUCGCCGCAGGCGCCCGCGCUCUCCGCCGGAGCCUCUGCGGGUGCGGGCACGGCUGCGGCUGCGCUCGCCGUCGGGGGCGUUCGCGGCGCUGGGGGCGCUCGUGGUCCUGGUGGGCAUGGGCAUCGCAGUGGCCGGCUACUGGCCGCACCGUGCAGGGGCUCCUGGGCCCCGGGCCGCCAACACCAGUUCACAUCCCGUGAGCGAGCUGCGGCGCGAGGGUCGCGGCGCCGGCCGGGCCCACGGCCCGCACGAGCGGCUGCGGCUCCUGGGACCGGUGAUCAUGGGUGUUGGCCUCUUCGUGUUCAUCUGCGCUAACACGCUUCUCUAUGAGAACCGGGACUUGGAGACAAGGAGGCUCCGUCAGGGGGUACUGCGCGCCCAGGCCCUGCGGCCUCCCGACGGGCCCAGCUGGGACUGUGCACUCCUUCCCAGCCCCGGCCCCAGGACUCCCCGAGCCAUAGGUUGUGCAGAGCCAGAAAACUGGGACCUGUCCCCGUGUCGGGGAACCUCACCUGUCCCAUCCGUGCGGAGUCUGCGUUCAGAGCCUGCUAACCCUCGCCUUGCCUUGCCUGCCCUGCUCAACAGCUACUCGCUUAAAGGCCAGGGGCUGCCCCCACCCUGGGGUCCACGGACCCAGACUGGCCACGUGAUCAUCACCGUGCAGCCCUCUGGCUCCUGCAUCGAACAUUCCAAGUCUCUGGAUCUGGGCCUUGGGGAGCUCCUCCUCGGAGCCCCUGCUGCUCGGGACUGUGCUCACCGGAGCUGGCCUCGCCUGGACCGCCUCAGUCUGGGGGGCUAUGCCAAGCUAGGAGGCGGAGGCGACUUGGGAGCCCAGGUCUGAGGAUUGGGAGGACAGCUUGCCUGCAAGGCUGCAGCAUGGACCCUGGUGACAGGACCAUGGGACCAGGAGUCUGUCUGGUGGACACUUGUCACACCCCAGGCUGG